AUGUCAGUUGUAGCGCCUACAAUCUAUCCAACCUUCCACGAGUACCACAUAAUCCACAGAAGUACACGUCCGCCAUACAUUCACUUCCUGGGAUUGCAUUUGAAAGCGCUCAUCAUCGCUAGUUUGGCUUUCCAGUACCACGCUGGCAUCCUUCGCACUACAACACGCCCUCCAAAGGCUCGAAGCAGAGCGUCAAGCAAGAUCCCUAGCCAACAUGGCGACUUACAGUUUGCCAAACAGUUCCUCACGUCUAUAGACAACAAGCCUACAAAGUACCAAGCGGACCAUGUCUUUGACCCGAGAACUUAUCACAUGAGGAUACCUUACACCUUACCCAAACUCUCCAACGCACCACACGCUUUCCCUCCCAAGACGAAACCUGCACCGCCGACGGCACCGGGGUCCGAGUCCGCCAAAACGACUGUCUCGGUGACGCUGAAAUCGACGCGGAAUCCCAACAUGACGCUCACCAUCCCAUCGAUGGAGCCGAGCACGACCACGAUCCAGAGUCUGAAAGAACAGGUUCAAGCGCACUGGGGGGGGUGUUGCGGGCCGAGUGUCGUGCAAGUAGAUAAGAUCAAGUUGUUACAGAACAAGAAACCGAUCCCACCGUCGAAAAAGGUCUUGACGGAUGCAGUGGACGAGAAGGAGCUCAGAGGCCAUUUGGAGUUGGGUGUCAUGGUCAUGGGCGGUGCUCCGGAUCCUAAACCUCAGGUCAUGGCGUCUUUGGCAGCCGCAGCCGCAGCCGCAGCGGCCACAGCGACCGCAAAGACAUCUGUGAGUAAGAAGGGUGAUGGCACGCCUAUGGAAGGUGUAGAGUCCACAGCUACAGCACAAGUACAACAAGCGCAGGCAGACUCGAGCGCAGCAUCCGAGGGGCCUGUACAGCCUGGCGAGCCUAGCGGUGAGAGUGUGCUGCACACGAGCGGUUUCUGGGAUGAUUUACAAGGGUUCCUGGAACAGAGGAUACGCAACCAAAGUGACGCGGCGAGGUUAAGGGAUGUGUUUGAGAGUGCGUGGAGAAGCCAUAGUUCAGGUCCAUGA